GGUUGGUUGUGCUGCGUUAGGCUUACAUCGAAUAGGAGCUUUCUGUGGUGGUCACGGGCCAGGUGACGUCUGCCCAGGCGACCAAACAUGGCAGUAACGACAUCACGGCCAAUAGCAUCAGGUUGCACAGGGCUCUUUUGUGGUUGAAAUUAGAGGACAAUAACUUGCAAUGUAAGCCAUUGUAUUUUACCAGCUUUCCUUCUCAAGCUGGGAUUUUCCCAAGGCCCACGCCAGAUCUAGACCUCUAAACCUCCGCCAGUAUCGAUCGCCAGACACAGUCCCACCUUAGCACAUAUCGCUCCGCCGCCGUGGUGCGUGGGCUGCGUCGCUAGAAUCACCUCUAGUACAAUUACCUUUGGGCCUUGAGACACAGCUGAGGUCGUGAGGGGGAAAAAAAACCUCACCAUGGCUAGGCUGGCAUUCCUCCAUCGCCGACGCGACGACGAUGGCCUAACCCUGCCUACCCACAACCGGCGGACUCGCCGGCGCGCGAGCGGCCAGUCCACAAAAACCUCGCUGCUGGAAACUUAUAGCUUGCGCCGCCGACCCACCUUCAUGGAAUGGCUCAGGAUUACCCUGCUGGACCUGAUCACCAUGGUCGUCCUCGGCGCUCUGUCUCUUGUCGUCUUCCGCCUCCAGCCACCAGCCCACCGAAGCUUCCCCAUCACCUUCGCCCCCAGCGAGAGACCGGGCUUCGGGACAAUCAGCCCGGGCUCGGGGGACGUCGUGUACCCGCAGUUCGCGUACCCGUACCAGGACCAGUUCAUCCCCAGCCACGCCGCCACCGUCCUCGCGGCCGGCGUCCCCAUCGCGGCCUUCCUGCUGGCCCAGAUCCGCAUCCGGUCGUUCUGGGACCUCAACAACGCCAUCAUGGGCCUGCUCUACAGCCUCAUCACGAGCGCGCUGUUCCAGGUGACCAUCAAGUGGCUCAUCGGUGGCCUCCGGCCCAACUUUCUCUCCGUCUGCAACCCGGACACGUCGCUCGCCAGCAGGCCCGGGGGUAAUAGGACGGGGCUCGAGGGCACCGGGUACGGCGGCAUCAUGUACACGUACGAGGUCUGCCGCGGAGACGGAAACGGGGACCUUAGUGGGGUCUUUAACAGCCUCGAGUCUUUCCCGUCGGGACACACUACGGCUGCAUUCGCGGGCUUGGUCUACUUAUACCUCUACCUAAACGCCAAGCUCAAGGUCUUCUCCAACUACCACCCUUCCAUGUGGAAGCUGGCUCUUACUUAUGCGCCCAUAUUGGGGGCUACCCUGAUCGGAGGCUCAUUGACUGUCGAUCAGAGCCACAACUGGUAUGACAUCGUCGCCGGCGGCAUCAUUGGUACCAUUUUUGCCCUGUCUAGUUACCGAACCGUAUAUGCCGCAAUCUGGGACUGGCAUAUCAACCAUAUCCCUCUGCACCGCCGCAAAGCCUUUGAGCCUGCUGGCGACGUCGUGGGCAUGAGGUGGACCAUGACGCGUCGGGCGGGCUGGGGCCGAAAGCGAGGAUCCAAGACGCACGGCAGGGAGAAGGUGCCAGCGCUUGGCGAGAGCACAUCUUUGCCGAGGGACAACAAUGCCACCAGGAGCCGGACGAAUGAUGCAUCGUCCGCAAAGUCAUCGCCGCAGGUAGGCGGAUUCGUGGAGGGUAGAAGUCAUGACAGACAGGAUGAGGGUCGCGCAGGCGACAGCGGGAAGCCCGAUCGAGGCGGAUCCGGUGCGGAUAUGGUGUGACGAGAUUUGCUUUUCUUGAGAAUCUGGAAUGGAUUGUUUGUUGGGCGUUAGCACACGCUGCGACGGAGUUUGGGGCUAGGGCUAUUCCAGGGGUGAGAGAGGGGACGCGGGGCACUCCUCUGACACAUACUUUGAGGGACAGGGAACGAUCAGCACCCAGUGCAAUAGUAUUUAAACAGCAUACUCAGUGGACAUUAUUUCCGUUUCAUCCGCAUAGGGUCGGCCUGGCUAUAGCCUGGAG